AUGCAUCGGGCUGAGAUUGGAUGCACAGCUCAGCGACGUAGUAGGUUGACACCGGUUGUCAAACCUAUUGCAGUCCUCGAGUACACCAGGUACAUGGGGGGUGUUGACAGAUCUGAUCAGAUGUCACAGUACUUCAGUGUGCUGAGGAAAACAAAGAAGUGGUGGAAGAAACUGACUCUUCAACUUCUUGCCAUAUUGGGUGCUAACACAUUCAUAUUGUGGCAGAAGUUUGGACGAGGCGGUUUCAGUCACCAUGACUUUGUUCUAUCCAUUGUCAAGAGUCUGAUCGAGUCUGCCAACACCGCACCUGUACCUGGUGCCAAGCGAGGGAGGAAGGCCGUUGGACCUGUUCCAGUCAGGCUGAAUCCGUCUGCUGGUCACUUCCCCUGUAGUAUCAAGCCUCAGCCUGGUGCAUCAAACAUGAAACCUCUUAGACGGUGUACAGUACACAAGGAGAGUGGUGAGCGAAAGGAGACGCGAUAUAUGUGUGAGGUGUGUAUGGAGCCCCUGUGUAUUGAACCUUGUUUUAAGAGGUUUCACACGCUACAAGACUACAGACUUCCUGCUGAAGAGUAA